AUGGGUUGUGGUUCUAGUAAUAAAAUUAUAAUUAUAAUUAAUCUUGAUCGAAACAAUUCAUUCUAUUAUACUGGUGAAUAUGUGAAUGGAAAUGUGCAAUUAAAUAUCGUGGAUGGAGAAUUAGCAGCAAGUGAAAUAUGUAUAAAAUUAAUAGGUGAAAUUGGUUAUACAACAAGUCGUACUGGUUCAGACGGUAGAGGUCAUACAAAUAUACAAACACAAUAUCACCAUAUUCCUUUUUAUUCUUCUGAAUUUACCAUUGCUCAAUCUGCAAAUGAACAACAACAAUUAGUUUAUGAUCAAGGAAAAUAUUCAUGGCCAUUUCAAAUUCUUUUGACUGAAGAUCUGCCACCGACUAUCAAUGAUCAUCGAUCAUAUCCACGUGUUCGAUAUUAUUUACAAGUUAUUAUAGAUAAAAUAUCGUAUAGAUCAAAUACAAAAGAAACACCAUAUUUAAAUAUAUUUCCUCAUGUUAAUCUAUUACAAAAUCCUCAAUGUUUAAUUUCAACUACAUUUGAUAAUAAAAAUAAAAAAGGUGUUAUUUUAAAAGGAAUUUUAAAUAAAUCAGGAAUAAUUCCUGGAGAAUCCAUUACUGGAACAUUAGAAAUUGAAAAUCCACGUAAAGUAUUAAUUAAAUGUAUUUAUGUAACUUUAUUUCAAAAUUAUGAAAUUGAAUUAAAUUCACAAAGAUUGAAGAUAUUUGAAACAAUAUUACCAGAAAUUGUUAAUCUAAAAAAUGAACAAAUUCGAGAACCGUUUUCUAUAAUAAUUCCUCCUAAUAUAUUACCUCCAUCAUAUAAAUUUAAUGGUGGUCUUCAAGCAAUUGUCAAUGUUCAUAUUCAUUAUCUAAUUAAAUUUGAAGUUAUAGUUGAAGGGAUAUUUUGUGAUUUUCAUGUUGAUAUACCAAUUAUAUUAGGAACCGAACCUAAUCCUGAUCCACAUCAGCAACAAAUAUUUAAUUCUUUAACUACUUCUGACGUUCCGAAUUAUGAACAAUCGGAAUUUAAGGAUAGUGACCCGCCACCUGACUAUGAUUCUGUCGUGCUAAAUGUUGAAUAG